CCACAAACUCGCUCCGCCAACUUCAUAAAGAAACGGUAAAGAGUUGUGAAAGUUGCACACAUGUUAUGGUCACAACACAAUCACGUUCGGUCAACAACUUCCGGACCUUUUGACGAUUGUAAUUCGCAGUCGUUUAAUUUGCACCGCACAGAACAAGCAGUAGUGCGUAAUUGUCAUCAUGGAUCAAACUGAGCCGACGGAGGUACAAAUUCUUUCGAAAACCAAGCAACGACGCAGUUUGGGAGAAACAAAGAAGCGUGAAAAGUCAAACCGGAAACCCAGCAGGACUGCAGUCGUGGUGCCAGGUGAUCUCGCGUGGCCUGAUGUCGACGACGCAAUUUCACAAGAGGUAUUAAGUACUAUUGAGAGAACAAUGCAAUGUUUAAAGAUUCCGAAACGCCAAUGUCCAUUAAACGAGAUAAAAUCUGUGCCCAAGCUUCAGAGGUCAGAAUUUCGAAGAAAAUGGGUUGCUGAACACGCAUUACAAGCCGGAUAUGACGUCAGUAGUUAUAUCUUAAAAAGAUCGGAAAUUGCAAUUGGAGUUAAUUGCUGCUCAAUGAAUAUGGAGACUGGUCAACUGGCUGGACUAAUAAUAGAAAAGAAUGUGGACCCUCAAAUUAUUACCAAAUUAUUGGUACCAAUUGCACAUACCAAACGGGUGCCAGCCAUAUCACUGUCAGGACUCAGUGCAGCGUUCGAAAAAGCCUGUGGCAUCAAGUGCAUUGCUUUGGGCUUGAAGACAAUGUGUACAUCGCCAAAAAGUGAAUUUCAUACUUUGCUGGAACUGGUAAAGGAGCACGGCCCUUUGGACGCUAACCAAGUGAACCAGCGUGCGGCAGCAUUAGAGGAGCGACUGUUAGGUGGCCUUGCCCGGUCUCAAUUUCUCCGACAAACAUCACCUAGUUUGCCGAGUUCUUGCGCAAAUGACACCGGAAAUCUCGUAUUAUUAGAAGGGCCUGUUGUUGCAACCUCCAAUGAUACCACUUCGACGACACUCCCAGUACAAUUUUCGAUUGAAGAUGAGAUUGCAAAAUAUGAAUUAAAAAAGGAUUUAGAAAAGGCAAAACGCGAAAAUCAAUUGCCAGCAGAAGCUACGUUCAUUCCACCGAAAAUUAGAAAAACAACUCCACAUUAAGAUUUAUAUAGCUAAGAUUGUUUUAAGUGGCAGUAUUAUUUAUAAGCUUUAUAAAUCAUGAUAUAGGUAUGCAUUCAAAUAAGGUCAAAUAUAUUCCCUUUUCCGAUUUCCUGAA